AUGGCCGCCGAGGACCUGCCAUCGGAGUUUGACGUCGUCAUUCUGGGGACAGGUCUCGUAGAGUCGGUGGUGGCGGCUGCUUGCUCCAGAGUGGGUCAGAAGGUUCUCCACGUGGACAGGAGGAGUUAUUACGCGGCCAGCUGGGCCAGUUUUACCUUCAACGGCCUGCUCACCUGGAUACAGCAGCAACAGGAGGGGUCUGACCCAGAGGAAGUCAAGGACUGGACGAGCUUGUUGGUGGAAGGGGAGGAGCUAAUACAACUGUCCCAUUCAGAGCCCGCCUCCAUAUCCAACCUGCAGGUAUUCUGUUACACCAGUGAGGAAGACGAAGAGGACGACGCUCAGCGUUCUGAUCCAAUUAUCACAGAAGAAGAAAAGACAGGUGAUGAAGAUGCUGUUAAAGAGACAGAGACGGUUUCUGCAGUUUCAGAUUCCAAAGAUGAAGAAGAAGAUGCGACAGCAGAUGGAGACAAGGAGGAGCAGGCUGUCAAAACACAGGGGGAGGAGUCAGACACGGGCCAGACACAGACCUCUGCUGCUCCAGUCCAAUCAGAGCCAACCAGGAGGAAGAUCAGCUACGCCCACCUGGUGAAGGAGGGACGCAGGUUCAACAUUGACCUGAUCUCCAAGCUCAUGUUUUCUCGUGGCUCAUUGAUCGAUCUACUGAUCAAAUCAAAUGUCAGCCGCUACGCAGAGUUCAAGAACGUCACCCGGGUACUCACCUAUCGCCAUGGCAACGUGGAACAGGUUCCUUGCAGCCGAGCCGACGUGUUUGCAAGUCGUCAGCUGUCUGUGGUUGAAAAGAGGAAGUUGAUGCGUUUCCUGACUUCCUGUAUGGAGGAGGCAGAGGAGCAUCAAGCCUACAGCGGUCGGCCGUAUUUGGAGUUCCUACGGGACCAGCAGCUUGGUGACAACUUGGAACACUUCCUGUUGCAUUCCAUCGCCAUGGUGACAGAAAACACGCCCACUGAGGACGGGCUGGCCUCUACCCGUCACUUCCUGCGCUCCCUGGGUCGCUACGGUAACACCCCCUUCCUGUUUCCUGUGUACGGCCUCGGAGAGAUCCCGCAGUGUUUCUGCAGGAUGAGUGCUGUCUUCGGGGGGAUCUACUGCCUCAGACACUCGGUUCACUGUCUGAUCGUGGACAAAGACUCCAACAGGUGUAAAGCAGUGAUUGACAGCCGAGGACAGCGAAUCAGCUGCGGCCAUUUUGUGGUGGAGGACGGCUAUGUGGCCAAAGAGAGGAAGAAGGUGGCCACACCCACCAGGUUUCUGAGCAGAGCUGUCCUCAUCACAGACUCCUCCAUCCUGGCCGGUGACUCGGAGCAGCAGGUUUCCGUGGUAACGAUUCCUCCAGAGGAGGCGGGGCAUCCAGCAGUGAAGAUGGUGGAGCUAUGUUCGUCCACAAUGACCUGCAUCCCUGGAACAUAUCUCCUCCACCUCACCUGUCAAUCAUCUGGCUCUGCCCAUGACGAUCUGUCGCCACUGGUAACCAGGAUGUUCAACACAGGAGAGUCCGCACACAGAGGAUCAGAGGAGCAGCUCACAGCUCGUCCGUCGGUCCUCUGGUGUCUCUACUUCAACAUGGUGGACGGCUCGUCGCUGGUCGCUGAAGGUCACCGCCUCCCGUCGAAUGUUCACCUGUGUUCCGGUCCAGAUGGAAGUCUGAGUCACGAGCACGCCGUCAAGCAGGCCGAGUCCAUCUUCCAGAAGAUUCUUCCUGACGAAGAGUUCUGUCCUCCAGCUCCGAACCCUGAAGACAUUAUUUACGAUGCCGAGAACCUCGACUCCUCCACAGCAGACGAAGAACGGGAAGAGCAGAGCCCCCAGAAGGCUGAUGUGGAGGGGCGGGGCCUCCAAGCAGAGGAUGCUGAGGGGCGGGGCCUCCAAGCAGAGGAUACGGAGGGGCGGGGCCUCCAAGCAGAGGAUGCUGAGGGGCGGGGCCUCCAAGCAGAGGAUGCUGAGGGGCGGGGCCUCCAAGCAGAGGAUGCUGAGGGGCGGGGCCUCCAAGCAGAGGAGUGACAUGCAGUCCUGAGAUGCCUUGUUUGUUUCACUGUUGUAUUUAAAUGUUUGUUCUCAUUAAAGUUGUAACGCC